GUUCUCCUCUGUUUUCUUGGUUUUAAGAGAGUUUCUGCAACAAAAAAUAGGUUUUUUAUACUAAAAUGACUUCCUUAAUUUUAACCCAAAGUUGGGUUUUUUUAUGUUAUCCUUUAGUCAUUAGCAAAAUGUGUUAAUUUCGUGAACUGGGUCAUUUUGUUGUUGGUAAAAAAAAAAAAUGGGUUGUGGAAACUCAAAAGGUGAUAAAAAUGAAGCCUUGCGUCUAUGUAAAGAAAGAAGGAGAUUCAUAAAGCUAGCUAUCGAAUCGAGGUAUGCUCUUGCGGCUGCACAUGUUUCUUAUAUUCAAUCUCUUAGAAAUAUUGGCAUCGCUUUAAGAAGAUUUGCUGAAGCUGAUAUAUUGAUAGAGUCUUCUCUAUCAACCUCAGCUACUGAGCUUGACAAAACACCUUCCCAUUCCUCCUACCCUUCGCCAUCUCCUUCUCAUUUAGGAGCUGAGGUUUCUGAUUCACCAUUGAAUAAUGAGAGCCCCAUUUCGCCGGAAACGGCGAAUUUGAGUUACAUGAGAGCAGGGAAUAGUGCUGCUGUGACUGUUAAGGUUAAUCCUAGUACUGGUAGUUUUGUGGAGGAUGAGUCAUUGGCAAUGGCAAUGCCGCCGCCUCCACCUCCUCCUUUUGAGUCAGGUUCUUCUUGGGAUUUUUUCGAUCCUGUUGAUGACAGCGAGAGUUUUAGAUUUGUGGGGAAUAAUGGGGUGGAUAUGGAUUUUGAGGAUUUGAGAGAGUGGAGAGAGUUUCGGAGCAAAGGGGUUGAUCAUGGUGGUUUGGAUGAAAAUAAUGCGUGGAAUGAAGGAAUUUUGUGCCAAGAAUCUGGGAGAAAUGCUGUCAAAAUGUCCGAUAGUUCAGCAACUCGUAAUCAUAGUCGUGGUAGUUCAAUGGAGCAUGAUAUGUUUUUUAUUGGAUUAGGGCGAGGAAAUUCUAGUAUUAGGCAGACAAAUGACAAGGAAGUGAGGCAGCUAGGUGAGGAAGAUAAUGUAAAUAGGCCAGGUGAAACUUUGAUUGGCAAAGGUUGUCUUGAACAAUCAAGUUCAAAGAGGGAAAAGGCUGCUGCAGAUAAAGAUUUAUAUGAAGAAAGAGAGGACCCUUCUGAGUUUAUAACCCACAGAGCUAAGGAUUUUCUUUCAAGCAUAAAAGAUAUUGAGCAUCGUUUCUUCCGAGCCUCUGAAGCAGGCAGAGAAGUCUCCAGGAUGCUUGAGUCAAACAAAAUCAGGGUUGGAUAUUCCGAAGCUGAAGGGGGAUCCUCAGCUUUUCUGGCAGCUUUCCAACUUGUUUGCUGCCAAGGAAAGACUGCUUUUGUUUCUCAUGAGCCAGUACAACAUGUAACUAAAGUCAUACAUUGGAAGAGGUCAGCAUCUUCGAGGUCUUCUUCAUCAAGGAAUCCACUAGCCUCAGCAUCUAAAGACAAUGCUGAUGAUAGCGGAAGUGACUUUAUUGAAGAGUUCUGCAUGAUUGCUGGUAGUCAUUCGUCCACAUUGGACAGACUGUAUGCCUGGGAAAGAAAACUCUACGAUGAAGUAAAGGCCAGUGAAUCUAUCAGGAAGGAGUAUGAUCGGAAGUGUGAUCAGCUCAGACACCAGUUCGCUAAGGAUUUUAGGACUCAAGUGAUUGAUAAAACCCGGGCAGUUAUAAAGGAUCUACACUCCCGGAUUAGAGUUGCACUUCAUUCUGUUAAUACUAUAUCAAAGCGGAUUGAAAAAAUGAGAGAUGAAGAGUUGCAGCCACAACUUGUAGAAUUAAUUCAGGGAUUUCUAAGGAUGUGGAAGGCCAUGCUUGAAUGCCAUCAUUCACAGUAUAUCACCAUCUCACUUGCAUACCAUUCAAGGAACACAACAGGUGCUCCACAGGGAGAUACACGCAGGCAGAUUAUGGCUCAGCUUCAGCAAGAGAUCGAAUGCUUUGGUGUAAGCUUUACAGACUGGGUCAAUAGCCAUGCAUCCUAUUUGGAAGCUCUGAAUGGUUGGCUGCAAAACUGUAUCAUGGAACCACAGGAACGUUCAAAGAACAAGAAUCCAUUCUCUCCUUAUCGAUACCUAGGAUUCGGACCACCAAUAUUUGUUCUGUGUCGUGAGUGGUCAGCUGGAAUAAAAGCUUUGCCAGCCGAGGAACUUAGUGUUGCCAUCAAAGCCUUCUUAUCUGAUCUUUGCCAUCUAAUGGAACAACAAGUAGAACAACAGCCGAAGAAAGAGAAAUCAGUUGAUGCAAACGAUGAAGAAUCAGAGAGCAAAGAUGGUGAUACAAAUGAUGAUGCAUCUUCAAACUCCUGCUGCAUACAAACAAGUUUGACUCGCGUUCUUGAUAGACUAAACAAAUUUUCGGAGGCCUCUCUGAAAAUGUACGAGGAUGUUAGACAGAAAAGUGAAGCAGCUCGAAUUGCAUACCUCAAAUUGCAGGCCAACUAGAUUUUUCAAGGCUAUGUAAUUAUCAAAUACAAGAAUAUUAAGGUUUGGUUUGGUUGUAAAUUUCAAAGAGUUGUUGCACAUAGUUCAAAAUUGGACUGGAGGAGUUCUAAGACUAGUAAAUAUGCAG